AUGGCGGCGCGUGGAGGUUUUCAGCAAGCGGCAUCUGGGGGUGCAGGUGGCGGCGGAGGAGGCGGAAUGGGACCGGGACCACCGGUACCGGGUGGGGGGCCAGGUAUGGGACCAGGAACUCCUUCAGGAAGGCUGGGACCAUCGGGCGCCCAGAAUCACAUGUACCGAUCCCCGAUGCCAGGGCCUGGAUACCCGAGGCCAGGAAUGCCUCCAGCCAAUCGUAUGACCCCUCAGGGCCCAUCCAUGGGGCCUCCAGGCUUCGGGGCCAGCCCAGUGUCUCGCCCUGGCAUGCCGGUCAUGGAUCCAUCCCGCAAGAGGCCCGCUCCAACCCAGAUCCAGCAGGUCCAACAGCAGAAUCGUACCCAACAUGCUAAGAAGAAAAAGAUGGCAGAUAAAAUCCUACCUCAGAGAAUCCGGGAGCUUGUCCCUGAGUCUCAGGCUUACAUGGAUCUACUGGCCUUUGAGAGAAAGCUGGAUCAGACCAUUAUGCGCAAGAGGCUCGACAUUCAGGAGGCACUAAAAAGACCCAUCAAGCAAAAGAGAAAGCUUCGCAUUUUUAUCUCCAACACAUUCAACCCUGCCAAGCCAGACGCAGAGGACGGCGAGGGCACCGUGGCAUCAUGGGAACUUCGAGUGGAAGGCCGUCUGCUUGAAGAUACUGCUGUAUCCAAAUAUGAGGCCACCAAGCAGAAGAGGAAGUUCUCAUCUUUCUUUAAGUCUUUAGUGAUCGAGCUAGAUAAAGAUCUUUAUGGUCCUGACAAUCACUUGGUGGAGUGGCACAGGACGCCCACGACGCAGGAGACUGACGGCUUCCAGGUGAAGAGGCCCGGGGACGUGGGCGUGCGCUGUACCGUCCUCCUGAUGCUCGACUACCAGCCCCCACAGUUCAAGCUGGACCCCAGGCUUGCCCGAAUGCUGGGCAUCCACACCCAGACCAGGCCUGUCAUCAUCCAGGCUCUGUGGCAGUACGUCAAGACCCACAAGCUGCAGGACCCCCACGAACGCGAGUUCAUUAACUGUGACAAGUACCUCCAUCAGAUUUUUGAGACCCACAGGAUGAAGUUCUCCGAGAUCCCUCAGCGACUACACGCGCUACUGAUGCCUCCGGAGCCGAUCAUCAUCAACCAUGUCAUAAGCGUUGACCCCAAUGACCAGAAGAAGACAGCCUGCUAUGACAUUGAUGUGGAGGUGGACGACACACUCAAGACCCAGAUGAACUCCUUCCUACUGUCCACUGCCAGUCAGCAGGAGAUUGCUGGCUUGGAUAACAAGAUCCAUGAGACCAUUGAAACCAUCAAUCAGCUGAAGACCCAGAGGGAGUUCAUGCUAAGCUUUGCCCGUGACCCUCAGGGCUUCAUUAACGACUGGCUGCAGUCCCAGUGCAGGGACCUCAAAACAAUGACGGACGUGGUAGGAAACCCAGAAGAAGAGAGAAGAGCAGAGUUCUACUUCCAACCAUGGGCUCAAGAAGCUGUGUGCCGUUACUUCUACUCUAAGGUCCAGCAGAGAAGACAGGAGCUGGAGCAAGCUUUGGGCAUCAGGAACACAUAAGCAGGAAAUGGACCCCCAAAAGAACCAUGAACAGAGAGCACUCUGCCCAGCAGUGAGGUUUGGGCCAUUGCUGCUGGACAGGGCCGCUGUCUUUGGUUUCAAAUUGGUGACGUUAAUUUGAAGUUUAAUUGCCAGAACUCCAAGUGCUGCUAGGUAGGAGAACUGGUUAGGCUCCUCUUCAUCUGAACAGGCAUGAUUUUUGCUUGGUUUGGUACCACUCACACCUAAUAGCCCUUUGAAUUGACCUUGUCUCUCUUUCUCUGGUCCUUGUGUCCUAUUGACCCCUUUUGAGUAGAGAGAAAAUUGACUCCAACCUUUUAACAUGCUGUAAGUAAAGUUGUUCCCAAAUGUUGAAGUGACUGAUACAAAUGGCGAAUGAACUCUGUCAAAAAUGCUUAAGGGUUUGUUUUGUUUUUUGGGGUUUUUUUGCUUUUUUUUUUUUUUUUUUUUUUUUUUUUUUUGUCACCUCACAAGCUAUCAAAAGUAAUAACAUUCAGUUGUAUUUUAUUCUUGGACUGAGAGGAUGAUGCAUGUUUCCAUUUGAAAAAAAUAAUAAUAAUAAUAAUUGAAAACUAAUAAUUGCUGAGCAUGUGUGGGUGCUGGGGUUGGCUGCCUCCGGCAGUAUUGAGGGCUGGUGGACAUGGCACUGUUCUCUUCUGAAGUGCUAAACAGCUUAGCGGCACAUGGAAAGCUUAGGUUUUCCUCGCAGAAAGAGAAUUUUCAGUUGGAGGGUGCCCACACCUGUGCCAUGGAGGACCUAUGGAGAGCAUGGCUAUGUUACCUUUCCCUGUAGCAUAAGAUGAAUGUUGUCUAAGGUGUUAACAAUAAGCCUACAUUUGUUAAUGGGUCCUUUUUGGUACAUCCCUUACAUAACUGACAUUAAUUUUCCGUUAUUGUGUUGUACCAAGGUUUCUUACUAAUUUAAAAAAAAAAAAGGGGGGAGGGGGGAUUAAGGUGUUUCCUUUUGUGAGCAGGUGCUGCAUAGAUCUAGUUGGUUUCAAAAGUGUGUUGGUUGACUUAAAGAGAACUCGAGCAAUGGAUAUUUUGUGGGGGCCAUUUGUAUCUUAAUUUUUCUGUGGAGGAUUUUUUUUUUAUCAUAUUAUGGAAUAUAUUAAGGUUAGUUAGUGGUAGACUUAAAUUAAGUAACUUAAUAGUUAGUACUUAAGCUUUACAAAGCUAUGAAAUCAUAAGCAGAGGCUUAUAGCUAGUUGAUUUGGCGUUAAGGAUUUCACUGAUCAGUAUGAAGGGCCACCAUUAUGGUUGUAUCACUGUCCAUGCUCAGGUAAUUUGCUCACCAUAAAUGUUUCCACAGUUCAGAAUUUCAUAGUCAUGGCACAAAUACUUCAUUAACUGCUUACCCACGCUUGCAUGAAGGACACGUGAACCCUUACGGGUGACCUCUAUGUAUGGUGUGUUUUUUGGGGGGGCGGCGGGGGGAGGUUAAGUUUGCUAAAUUUAUAGAGAACUGGCUGGAAUUAGCUGAAUAGGAGCUACACGUUUUAAAAUUUAACUAUUCUAAGUAAAUUAACACUGUAUUUGUCCAUUUUAACAAACCAUUUAACCAUUUUCCCCCUCUUUGUUUUGGACCAAACUUGUUCAAUUUGUGUCAACCCUUAUAAUAAAAAUCUCUUGUAUUGAUA